CUGCCUUGCCAUCUGCCUGCGCCAACUCCCCUUUGCAACUGCGGACACCCCAACCCCAAGCACCCCCCCGCACCGCUCCUCCCUCUCGCCCUAGCACGCGCGCACCGACCGACCCCGUCGCCGGCUGCCCGCCCCACCGUGGCGUCGCCGCCCGCCGGCGAGAUGGUCCCGCUCAACCCCGACGUCGCCGCCGAGGUGCGCCUCAUGCUCCAGGCCGCCACCGACGCCGCCUCCGAUUCCAUCCGCCGCGAGCUCUGCCAGUUAGUUGACUGUGGUAUUGAUGGAUGUCUUCUGCUGCUCCAAGUCUGUUUCGAUCAAGUAAUGUUGAGUGCCAGGGAGGUGGACAACUUCCAGUUGAAACAUGCUCUUUUAUCCGCCAUUUUCAGAUAUUGUCUCAAUAAAACAUACUUCAGUACUUGUUUUUGUGAGGCUCUGUUGCCUAUAUCUGAUACUGACGGUCUCCUUGAGACCCUGUCCAAUGUCCUGGAACUCUCAGUAGCUGAGAAAGUUGGUAUUGGUCUUGCACUGUCAGACUCUGAUAAUUCAGCCAUGAAGCUGAAAGGGCAACAAUUUGCUAUCACUCAAAUUGAGGAGUUGUGUUUGAAUCCUAACCAAUCAGUAUCCAAUGACCAAGUUCAUGAAAUUGUCGUAUUCCUUCAUCAGACUGAUGGCCUGUCAAAGCAUAUGGAUACUUUUAGUAACAUUACUUCUCUUCUGGAAGUCAGACAGAGUCCAUUUUUUGCCCCUUUCCCAAUAAAGCAGUUUGAUGCUCAGUCAACAAAUCCGUCAAGGCAUUUGGAGACGUACUUUGCUAGCACAAAUGAUGAUUUUGAGUCACUUCUUUCUGAAAUUGGGAAAGAAAUAAGUAUGGCAGACAUUGUAACCGAAUUGGGUUAUGGAUGUACAGUUGAUAGCACACAGUGUAAGGAAAUUCUCUCAACUUUUGAGCCUCUUGAUGACACGGCAGUGUCUAAGUUGCUCGGGGCAGUUAUUGGCACUCAAAAUAGUCUUGGAGAGGCCCAUAACACAUAUGCAACCUUUGUAUCUGCUAUUCGAAAUAUCCCCAUGAGUGAGUCACCUCAAUUGACUACAUGGAACACAGAUGUUCUUGUGGAUUCAAUCAACGAACUUGCCCCAAGUACUAAUUGGGUGCAUGUAAUGGAAAAUCUUGAUCAUGAGGGUUUCAUUGUUCCUGAUGAAGCAGCUUUCUAUUUGCUGAUGUCUAUAUAUGGCCGUGCUUGCAAGGAGCCCUUUCCGCUUCAUGCUGUUUGUGGGUCAAUGUGGACGAAUACAGAAGGCCAGAUAUCAUUUUUGAAGCAUGCAGUUUCUGCUCCUGCUACGAUAUUUACAUUCGCACAUUGUUCGAGGCAGCUGGCACUUCCGGACUUUGCAAGUCUCAGUCCAGGUAAUCAUGCUUGGUUCUGCCUUGACCUUCUAGAGGUUUUAUGCCAGCUGGCUGAAGUUGGACACACUGUGUCUGUGCGAUCGAUGCUUGAGGAUCCUUUGGGGCAUUGCCCAGACCUCUUACUUGUUGGUCUUGGACAUGUCAAUACUGCUUAUAAUCUCCUCCAAUUCGAAGUGUUAUCCUGUGCAUUUCCUGCUAUACUGAAGGACGCUGCAAAGAGCAAUGUGGUGAAUCAUCUCUGGCAUAUCAACCCUUGCCUCACCCUUCGAGGAUUUGUUGGUGCUCAUUCUGAUCCAAGCUGUCUUCUGAGAAUUGUUGAUGUGUGUCAAGACAUGAAGAUCUUAUCUGCUGUCCUGGAUUCUACUCCUUUCGCGUUCAGCAUUAGAUUGGCUGCUGCUGCUUCUAGGAAAGAUCACAGUCAUCUUGAGAAAUGGCUGACUGAGAAGUUAACUUUAUACAAUGACAGUUUUCUUGAGGAAUGUGUUGAUUUCAUGAAAGAAACUAUGAACGCCACAUCUUAUGUGGUAGAAGGUGCCACGGAACAACCUCAAGCUAAUGUCAUGGAUAUUUAUUGGGAGGCCUGUCCUCCCUUUAUAAAGGUUCUCCAGUCUUACUCGGGACAGCUCUUACCCAACCAACUCUUGGAUAAACUAAGGGAAUUAUUUACUUCGUAUGAAUCAAGGAAUCAUGGUUCUGCAGUAAGGGACAUCCCUACCCCGGAGGGUGGUUCAGAUGAUGUUGAAGUAGAAGCAAAUGCGUAUUUUCAGCAGAUGUUUUCUGGACAGAUCAGCGUUGAUGCUAUGAUACAAAUGCUCAGUCGCUUCAAGGAAUCUCUGGACAAGCGGGAGCAAGCGAUUUUUAAUUGUAUGAUCUCAAAUCUGUUUGAGGAAUACAAGUUCUUUACGAAGUAUCCUGAUAAGCAGCUUAAACUAGCUGCUGUGCUGUUUGGAUCCCUUAUUAAACAUCAACUUGUGGCUCACCUUGGACUUGGGAUUGCUCUACGUGCUGUUCUUGAUGCCUUGCGCAAGUCUGUUGAUUCAAAGAUGUUUGUGUUUGGCACAACAGCGCUAGAGCAGUUCAUGGAUCGUGUAAUAGAGUGGCCACAAUACUGCAACCACAUAUUGCAGAUUUCACAUCUCCGUGGAACUCAUGCUGAAAUGGUCUCUGCAAUUGAGCGAGCCCUUGCCAGGAUUUCAUCAAGUCAAAAUGAGCCCAGUAUUGGCAACAUGUUUUCUGCAGACCACCUUGUUUCCGGAUCGUCAUCUAUUGAAACAAUGGAGGCUUCUGAACCAUCAUGGCAGUUGAUGGGUACCUCUCCAACUCAGCUAGGAAGGACACCUUCUUACCCUUUGCAGCAAAGGCAACAGAGUGUUCUUGGGGAUAGGUCCAAGGUCUCCAUGGCCACCUCUCAGAAUAAGAUCAUUUUACCCAGUCAACCUUCAGUUCCUUCUGCACCUGCUGAUUCAGCAACUAAUAUAAAGACAACUGUUCCACCCUCUGCACUACCUCACUCUGCAAGCAUGUCAACCACUGCUCAUGCCACUGGUUUUCUGCGCACUCGAAGUACCGCCACAGGCUUGCCUCGGCAACAUUCGUACACUACGGGAUUUGGAGCUGCUUUAAAUAUCGAGACCCUUGUAGCAGCAGCAGAGCAAAGAGAUAGACCGAUUGAGACUCCUCCAUCUGAAGUUCAGGACAAGGUCUUGUUUAUGAUUAACAAUAUAUCUACCUCUAAUAUGGAAGCCAAGGCAAAAGAAUUUGAUGAAGUGCUUCAGGAACAAUAUUAUCCUUGGUUUGCACAAUACAUGGUCAUGAAAAGGGCAAGCAUUGAACCAAAUUUUCAUGAUUUGUACCUGAAGUUCUUUGACAAACUUAACUCAAGAUCCUUGAGUAAGGAGAUGCUGAAAGCUACAUAUGAGAACUGCAAGGCUUUGUUAAGAUCAGAUCUUAUCAAAUCUAGUUCUGAGGAACGCUCGUUGCUAAAACAUUUGGGCAGUUGGUUGGGAAAAUUUACUAUUGGAAGGAACCAGGCAUUACGAGCUAAGGAAAUUGACCCAAAAUCUCUUAUUGUGGAGGCAUACGAGAAAGGACUGAUGAUUGCUGUAAUUCCAUUCACUUCAAAGAUUCUUGAACCUUGCAAGUCAAGUAUAGCAUAUCGUCCUCCAAAUCCGUGGACAAUGGGAGUUCUUAGUCUACUUGCUGAGAUCUAUAAUCUGCCAAACCUCAAGAUGAAUCUGAAAUUUGACAUUGAGGUCCUGUUUAAGAAUCUCACCGUGGACAUGAAAGAUGUAAAACCCACUUCCCUUCUUAAAGACCGAGGACGUGAAGUUGAGGGAAACCCAGAUUUUUCAAACAAAGAUGUUGCAUCUCAAACCCAAGUGUCUGUAGAAGUCUCUUCGGGCAUUAACCCCCCAAUAAACCACAUGGAACUGCAGCCUGAAGUCAAUAACACUUCUCGUGCCAUGAGCCUUCCUACUAUACUGAAUCAGUAUGCUGCUCCUGGACGUCUACCUCCUAACAGUAUGGUGGAAGAUGAAAAAAUUGCUCUAAUGAUGCCUGAGCAAUUCUCUUCGCACACCUUGGCCCAGGUCUCACCAUCACAAGCACCAUUAGCAUCGCUAUCGCCAUCUCCCCUCUCUCUCAGUCAGCUUUUGUCGUUGAUUCCACAUGAUGAGAUACGCUUCAAGAUAAAUUCAAAACUUGGGUCUCUUGGCUCACAAUUGCAAUUCAGCAAAAUCAUGGGCGUUGCUUUGGAUAAGGCUAUCAAAGAGAUAAUACUCCCUGUCAUCGAAAGAAGUGUCACAAUAGCAAGCAAAACUACAAAAGAACUCGUCCUGAAGGAUUAUGCAAUGGAAUCGGAUUACAGUGCUGCAAAUCGCGCUGCUCGUUUGAUGGUCGGGACAUUAGCUGGAAGUUUAGCCCAUGUUACUUGCAAGGAACCGCUUCGCGUUGCACUAUCUUCUCAUCUUCGAAGCCUUAUUCAAAACCUUACUAGCAACAGUGAGACCGUGGAGCAAGUAAUCCAUAUUCUAAUCAACGACAAUUUGGAUCUUGGCUGCGCAAGUAUCGAGUCUGUGGCAACCCGCAAGGCUGUUGAUUCGAUUGAUGGCGAAAUAGCUCAAUCUUUUUCACAACAAAGGAAAAAAAGAGAGGCCGCGGGUCCUGCAUAUUAUGACUCUUUUACUUAUGCUCAAGGUCCAUUUGCCCCUGUACCUGAAGUACUCCAUACUAAGCCUGAGUCAGCUGCCCAACAACGAGUGUAUGAGGAUUUUGUUCAUGUAUGGCAGAGCCACAGCCAAAAUGUUAGUGCUGCAGGUUCUGGUUCAUCUGGUACAUCUGCUGUCUCGAGCAAUUUUGGCGGCGUACCUCGAGCUUACAGCCCAAAUCCAGCACCAGCUUCCAGUGCUUUUUUGACUGCUCAAACAGCUCCGCUUACGUCAGCUCAGCCUACAGAGCUGCUGGUGUCUGAGGAAUUGAUUCCUGGUGCUGCACAACUAUAUAGUGAUUCUACUGCUCAACUUGGGACCAGUGACUCUUCUGGCUGGCUUGGUGGAACCAUUGACGCUGCAUCCACAUCUCCUCCUUUGAUAUCUAAUGAUCUUCCUGUGGGAGGAAUAACGGAUUCAAGUGCUGUGAUGUCAUUUCCAGCUACAGUUUCUGUUGACAAUCGUGGAUCUGUUUUACCUGAUGCUUUUAAUACUGGUGAUGCCUUGGAGAGAUACGGACAAGUUUCACAAAAGAUGGAGGCGUUGAUUGCGAAGGAUGGAAAAGAUGGGGAAAUCAAGUCUGUUAUCGCGGAAGUUCCUGAUAUCUUACUCAAAUGUGUUAACCGGGAUGAGGCUGCAUUAGCUGUUGCACAAAAGGUUUUCAACAGUUUGUACGACAAUGCAUCAAAUAGUGCCAGUAUCAUGUCGUAUGUAGCAACUUUAGUUGCGGUUCGAGAUGUCUGCAAGCUUGUUGUCAGAGAGAUCACAAAUUGGGUGAUCUCCUUGGAUGACGAGAAGAAGUUUAACUUUGACAUAAUAUUUUGCCUUAUUCGUUCUGAAUUGCUGAAUGUUGGGGAGUACAAUGUUCAUUUGGCAAAGCUAAUUGAUGGUGGAAGAAAUAAGGUUGCAAUAGAAUUUGGCAUGUCACUUGUCCAGACAUUGAUUACUCAGGACUCUGCUAUCAUCUCAGAACUUCAUGAUGUUUUUGAGGCACUAUCAAAGAUUUCAAGGAGGCCAGGUUCACCUGAGUCGUUGCCUCAGUUGCUUGAGAUUGCAAGGAGUAAUGCCAACAAUGCUCCUGGUUUUGCUUUUGGGAAGGAUGAAAAAGCCAUACAGUCGAAGGAUAAAAAGGUUCUCUUUAGUCGAACAAACAAAGAGGAAAACAGUGUUAAUGACACCACCCAUGCUGAUUCUACUGCUUUUCAAGAACAGGUUGCACACCUAUUUUCUGAGUGGUGUCAAGUAUGUGAUCACCCAAGUGCUUCUGAUGCGGCAUAUAGUCGUUAUGUUAUGCAAUUGCAACAUAUUGGCUUGCUGAAGGGAGAUGAAUUCACUGAGCGCUUCUUUCGAGUUCUCACGGAACUUGCUGUUACACAUUCUCUGAUCUCUGAGCAAAUUGUUGCUCCUGGUGGAUUGUCUCAACACUCAUCACAUAUAUCAUAUCUCCCCAUUGAUUCAUAUUCGAAGCUUGUGUCUAUGGUGCUAAAGUAUUCUUCAGUGGAAAUAGGACCAAAUAAAGUUAGCCUUCUUUCCAAGAUCCUGUCAGUGACAGUUAGGGUCAUUCAGAAAGAUGCUGAAGAGAAGAAAACUUCAUUCAACCCCCGACCAUUCUUCCGGCUGUUUAUAAAUUGGUUGAAUGACCUUACUACUUCUGAUGUCCAUCAUGAUGGUGCUAAUUUCCAGCAGGUUUUGACUGCAUUUGCAAAUGCAUUCCAUGCACUGCAACCCUUGAGAAUUCCUGGUUUGAGUUUUGCUUGGCUUGAGUUGGUGAGUCAUAGAAGCUUCAUGCCAAGACUGCUAACCUGCAAUUUGCAAAAAGGGUGGCCUCUUUUCCAUGGGCUGCUUGUUGAUCUGUUCAAAUUCAUGGAACCAUAUUUGAGAAAUGCUGAACUUGUAGAACCAGUGCACCUUUUAUACAAAGGAACCAUGCGAGUACUGCUUGUACUACUACAUGACUUUCCUGAAUUUUUGUGCGACUAUCACUUCAGUUUCUGUGACGUUAUCCCUUCCAGUUGCAUCCAAAUGCGCAAUGUCAUUCUUAGUGCUUUUCCACGCAGCAUGAGACUUCCAGAUCCAUCUACUCCUAAUUUGAAGAUUGAUCUGCUACCUGAAAUUUCGAAAGCUCCACGAAUCAUGUCAGAUUUCGAGGGUGCUUUGAGGUCAAAGCAUAUGAAGGCUGAUGUCGAUGAGUAUCUUAAGAGACCAGAUGGCUCUUCCUUUCUGAGUGAUCUGAAGCAAAAAUUGCUGCUGCCUCAGAAUGAAGCUAGCAUUGCCGGGACACGCUAUAAUGUGCCUCUGAUUAAUUCGCUUGUUCUCUACAUUGGCAUCCAAGCGGUGCAACAACUGCAACUGAACAAGGCAAAUGCAUCUGCCGCAGCCCAGCAGAUCAGCCAUAGUCAAAUGGAUAUUUUUCAGAUUGAAACAGCCACUGAUUUUUUCAGAAACCUUGUAACAAACUUGGAUACAGAGGGGCGGUACCUUCUUCUGAACGCAAUCGCUAACCAAUUGCGGUUUCCUAAUAACCACACACACUACUUCUCCUUCAUCAUUUUGUAUCUCUUUGCUGAAGCUACAGUGGACAAUGUCCAGGAGCAGAUAACCAGGGUCCUCUUAGAGCGCCUGAUAGUGAACCGUCCCCAUCCUUGGGGAUUACUCAUUACUUUUAUCGAGCUGAUAAAGAACCCUCGCUACAACUUUUGGAACCGAUCGUUCAUACAUAUUGCGCCUGAGAUUAAGAUGCUGUUUGAGUCCGUGGCAAAGUCGUGUGCUGGAAAAGCUGCGGAUGAUGUCCCUGAUGGCAGCCACUAGUGUUGGCCUACAUGAACUGCUGCCCGACACUGUCUGUAGGGUUGAUCCUUUUUUUUUCGUCCAUGUGCAGUUUUGUCUUAACAACGAGCCUGCACUCCUCUUUUUGUAUAGUAGUCUCAGUUUAUGUAACUGGAUAUAGUAGUGUUGAAUAUGGAGCAACAUCAGUGUAAACUACAAUGUAGUCUUCUGGUUAAAUUGCAGCGAAUAGUGUACAUAUAA